UUCAACAUUUGAAACCUUCACAACCAACCAUGGCUGAUGAUCCACAGGAGAAGGCUGACAGGGAGCGAAUUUUCAAGCGCUUCGACGCCAAUGGCGACGGAAAGAUCUCGUCCACCGAGCUCGGCGACGUUCUCAAGACGCUCGGCUCCGUCACAGAGGACGAGGUCAAGCGCAUGAUGUCGGAGAUCGACACCGACGGCGACGGCUUCAUUUCUUACGAGGAGUACAUAGACUUUGCCCUUGCCAACAGGGGCCUAAUGAAGGAUGUCGCCAAAGUACUCUGAUAGUCUCAAAUCCCUCCCCUGCCCUCUGCCCCGCCCUCGGUACUGAUUGAUGAGUCGGUCCCCUUCCAGCUUUCUCAUAUCAACAGAUUGUUUUGGUAGUUAAGUCAUAAAUUGUUCUGUAACAUUCAUUGCCUGUCUGCUUGUGAAGAUUGUUUUUUUUUUCUUGGUCAAGUAUUGGUUGUAAUAGUAAGAUUGCUUUUUCGUGAUACAGACUCGAAUUGCCAUUGGUUUUAUGCAUGUGGAGUGCUUCUAAGUUCUAAUUGUAAAUAGGAGAAGAAGCAAGAUAGAUCCAA